UUUCAUUACCCACGGCGUUUCUCGUUGGCAGUAUCAGAAAGUGGGUGUUGCAUUCGUCACCCAUCCGUCGGCUUGCCGUUGCCUGUGUCGAGGGUAUCGCACGACGGUCGUGGAGGGCGGAUACGCGGAAUCGCGUAGAGAAUUUUCAACGAAGAGUAUCAUCAAGAAGACAUGCGCUGAUUCUAGCUCGAAAAGCUAAUACUACCCUCUGUCAAGAUGAUAGGGGGUCUGUUUGUCUACAACCAUAAGGGGGAGGUACUCAUCUCCCGAGUAUAUCGGGAUGACAUUGGCCGGAACGCAGUGGACGCAUUCCGUGUCAAUGUUAUCCACGCGCGGCAGCAGGUACGCUCGCCCGUGACCAACAUCGCCAGAACGUCAUUUUUCCACAUAAAACGCGCCAACAUCUGGUUAGCCGCCGUCACUAAACAAAAUGUCAACGCCGCCAUGGUGUUUGAGCUGCUGUUGAAGAUCAUAGACGUUAUGCAGUCGUACUUUGGCAAGAUUUCCGAAGAGAACAUUAAGAACAACUUCGUGCUUAUCUAUGAGCUACUUGACGAGAUCCUCGACUUUGGAUAUCCACAGAACUGCGAUACGGGAGUACUGAAGACCUUCAUCACUCAGCAGGGCGUGAAAUCCGCCACCAAGGAGGAACAGGCUCAGAUAACAUCGCAAGUUACCGGUCAGAUCGGAUGGAGACGAGAGGGCAUUAAGUACAGGCGCAACGAGCUCUUCUUGGACGUCCUUGAAUAUGUGAAUCUCUUAAUGAGCCCCCAGGGCCAAGUUCUUAGCGCGCAUGUUGCUGGAAAGGUGGUAAUGAAAUCUUACUUGUCCGGCAUGCCGGAGUGCAAGUUUGGGAUCAACGACAAGAUCGUCAUGGAAGCGAAGGGCAUGAAAGGAGGCGGCGGACUAGGGGGCGGUGGUGAUGAUCCUACGGGUGCGAGAUCCGGCAAGCCGGUUGUCGUGAUCGAUGACUGUCAAUUUCAUCAGUGCGUUAAGCUUAGCAAAUUCGAGACCGAACAUUCCAUUAGUUUUAUACCGCCUGAUGGUGAAUUCGAAUUGAUGAGAUACCGCACAACGAAGGAUAUAUCAUUGCCGUUUCGCGUGAUACCGCUGGUGCGCGAGGUGGGCCGGACGAAGAUGGAGGUGAAGGCUGUUCUAAAAUCGAACUUCAAGCCUUCGUUGCUGGGACAGAAGAUAGAGGUACGCGUGCCGACGCCGCUCAACACCGCCGGCGUGCAGCUGAUAUGCCUGAAGGGCAAGGCGAAGUACAAAGCGUCGGAGAAUGCAAUCGUAUGGAAGAUCAAGCGUAUGGCCGGCAUGAAGGAGACGCAGCUGUCUGCCGAGAUCGAUCUACUGGAGACGGACACGAAGAAGAAGUGGACGAGACCGCCGAUAUCGAUGAACUUCGAGGUGCCGUUCGCGCCGUCUGGCUUCAAAGUGCGCUACUUGAAAGUAUUCGAGUCCAAACUGAAUUACUCUGACCACGACGUGAUCAAAUGGGUGCGCUAUAUAGGGCGCAGCGGCUUGUACGAGACGCGAUGUUAAUUCGCGCUGAUAAUUCGCGGCGAGGCCGAGGCGACACACGAAUAAUUGUAAAGAAGUAAUCUCAAUGCGAGGAGUCAACGCGACUAUGAUAUUGAAUCUUUCUCGGCAUUGUUUCAUUGUAGCGCAUAUUCGAAGCGGCGAUUUUCCAGAUGGCUUGGAUGAUUAAACUUCGAAUCGAGCGAGACCCACAGCACGUAGCGAACUCGUAUACGACAUAUUCAAGAGGAAUUCCGUUAUCCAGCACAAGAUUUGCAACAGUGGCAAGUCUUUCCUGUACAUUACGGUAGUAAGAAGUUCUGUCGAGUCGAAUCAAGAGCGGAGUCUUCGUUUGCUCUCGAAGCUGGCGACGCCGACAUUGUUACGUGUUUGGAGAAAGUUUUCGGAUAAAGAUAGAUCCUAAUUUCCGCGGAUAAGUGUUUAGCGAGUGACACGAUAAUCGGGGUACCAGGGAGAUUCUUUUUUUUCGUGCCAAUAUUUUAUGUCGUCCAUUUUCUCGCGUUGAUACCUUACCGUAAUCAGUCGCGGUGUCUCAUUACGCUGGGUUAUAUUGGAUUGCAUGAGAUUUUAUCAAGUUUUUUAUCAUGAGAUAUAAAAUAUAUGUGGCUGAAUAUAAUGUUAAUUAGAUGUAAUUAUGGAUUAUUUACAAAUUUUCUUGAAUCAUUCUAAAAUAAUAGAUUUUUAUUCGUUUUUUUAUUCUACUAUUUUUAUGUUGAGGCACAAAAUCAGGAAAAAUUGUAAAUGUUAUACAAUACGGAGCGAAUUAUUGAAGAAAUCUCAUUUGCUUUUUCCUUGAAAUCAAUGCUACAUGAUAAAUAUAUGAUAUUACAGUUAUUUAUGUUUACGAGAUGAACAUAUUUAGGGUUAUCUUGCUACACAUGUAAACGAAUGUUUUCUCUUUAAAUGUAUUAUGAUAUUAAAUUUUUGUAUUAUUGUACAAUGUGUUGAUACAUACGCGAAUUUAAUUACUCAUUUCUUAUGUAAUUAAUGAGAGUAUAAGGCUCUAUACGACCUCUUUGGUACCACAAUGAGCGACACUGAACAAAACCCAUAACUGUACGGCGGAUCACUUGUGCAUAAGCUUGCGAUGCGCUCAAUGAAAUGUAGGACGCUGAUAAUAUCUGUUAUCUAUGCAUGAGAAUAAGAAAGAGUAGAAAGAAAAACGUUGAUCGCAAUUGUACGAGCGCAACUGAUUCUGUCUCUCUAUGUUACGAAACGUUCACAUGCGUAAUGAAAUAUAUAUAUAUAUGUGUAAAAUAAAUCACUGCCCGUGUGUAAAUUUAA